CCUAAGAGGCAUGCAGGGCUAUGUUGAUGGCCCUGAAUCCUAAGAGGUAUGUUAAUGCAAAAGAUGAGAUUGUGGCAGAGCCUGCUGAUAUGCCUUACACACCCUGGGUGCGGAUGGGUCUCCUUACGGAUGAUGUUGGUUUGCCGAUCAUACUGAAAGUGAAAAGCCGUGAGUUGUCCGUGGAGCAAAUGGAAAAGGAGUUCAAAGUGAUGAAGAGGAGGGAACGGACAGUUGCAGCGUUCUUGGAAGGAGUACAACUUGAUGACUGUGACGAGGCAAAAAUUGUAUGUCCAGUACAUACGCAGGAGGUCGUACUUUCAAAGUGUUAUGCUGAUUAUGACUGUAAGCCCAAAACGAUGCCACAAAGUAUGAAGAUGUUUAUACAACGAGCUCAGGCGUAUAGGAAAAACAAGGAAAGGAAGAGGAAGGAGGAAGUUGCAACACGUGUAAAUGCAGCUGAUGUUGUAAGCAUGCAGGAGGGUGUCCGUGGGCUUGAAAACCUGCUCGCUGAUUGGACACCACUAGAGGGCAAGGACUAUAAUGGAGCGGUAAAACUUCUUCAUUGUGAUAUUUUGGAGCUCCAUAAUAAAGUGAGUGAGAAAUUGCCUUUCACUUUGGCUAUGUUUGAUUUUCCUUGUGGUUACAACAUGCCGGGUGCAACAAAUGAUGAUGAGCCCUUUAGCAAGGUCCAGGUUGUGGCAGCGCUGAAAAAUUUCGAAGUUAUUACAACCUCGCCAUGUUGGGCUGCGACUUGCUUUUGCUUCAGAGCCAUGUUGCCAGGAAUGGAGGAGACCUUCAAUACGGUCUGCAAUGCAGGGGUAGAGGUCGUCGUUUGGGUGAAACCGAAUGCAGCCAACCGAGGGGGUUUGCGACUUACCCACUGCUAUGAGUUCAUUAUGAUCGGGUUCUACAGUGAAACUGGAAAGCGUGAAUUGACACAAUUUAACUUUGAGGAGAGUGACCCUCUUCUUGAUGUCAUCAACUAUGAUGCAGUGACAAGGAAGUUCAUCUUCGCUGCCGAUGACCAGGUAUUGUGCCCAUAUCACAAGCCUGUGCAAAUGUACCGGUGGAUCAUUGAUAGGUUCUCUGCACCGGACACGUACAUCGUAGAUGGCUGUGUUGGGUCUGGGACCGGGGCUGUGGCUGGUCUUUUAUGCAACAGGAAUGUUCUUGUUGUUGAGAGUGAUAACCAUUGUGUGAGAGGAAUUUGUGCGAGGCUUGCAACAGACUUUGUGGAGGGUGCUAACAAUGAGUCGGCCACGCCCGUGACAUCUAGGGACGCUGCACCGUUGGUCAGACGGCCGACGAGGCAAACUCUGAUCGAGGAGGCGGACAGCAUCAUCACCAAGAAUGACCAGAUCAGCAGAUAUCUGGACCAUUUCCUGAUUUGCACGAAUCAACCGUUCAGUUUGAUUGAGAACUUCUACUUCCUUCAGUUCAUUGACGCAGUUAAGAAGUAUUAUCCUAGUUGGGGGGCAUGCAAGAGGGACGAGAUGAUGACGAAGCGGUUGGACGGGCAGCACAGACUUGUUGGAAACGAGAUGAAGAGUAUGGUGAGGAAGUGGGAGAGGACGGGCUGCAUGCUGCAAAUGGACGGGUGGUCAGAGAGGAGGAACAAACCACAUCUCAACGUAAUGGUUUCCUCCCCGAUUGGCACUGUGUUUUGGAAGUCCGUUUGCAUAGAAGGCAAGGAUAAGGAUUCAGCGGCUUACUUCAAGCUGUUGGAAGGAGUUAUCGAGGAGAUCGGUCCACGGUCCAUCGUCGGCAUCGUGAUGGAUAAUGCGAGGGUCUGUUCGAAGACCGGGAUGAUGGUGGAGGCGAAGUACCCUAGGAUUUUCAGUGUGGGUUGCACGGCCCAUGCGUUGGACUUGGCAUUGGAAGAUAUGUAUAACCGACUGGGUUGGAUGAAGAACGUCGUCGACAAGGGGAACCAAGUGGGCAAGUUUGUGACCAACAUCGACAAGGUCUGUGCGAUGUUUAACAAAAUUUCAAACGCUCAUCUCAAACGUCCAGCCAUCACGAGGUUCGCAACGAACUUCGAAAUGCUCGAGACGCUGAAGAGAGGUAGGACUUCACUUGAGCUUUGCGUCAGGAACGUGGCGUGGGUUGACAAAUUGGUGAGGGUUGAGCAGGUGGCGACAUUCAACACUAACACGCACAUCAUUGUGGACAAUGAAGGCUUUUGGAACAAGGUUGAUAGAGCAAUAGUUGUCAUGGAGCCGGUGGUCAAGCUGAUGCGUUUGGUGGACGAUCCCAGAGCGACCAUCAACAAAGUGUACUUCGGCAUGAACGAGAUUGUGGCCGAAAUGCGGAUCCUCGACUGUCUGACGCAGAACGAAAAGGUAGUGGUGGAGAACAUUCUCAUGGACCAGUGGGCCCUUAUGACAACCAAGUUGCAUUGCGCCGCAGCCUUCCUCGAUUUCGAGUAUCGGUCGCAGACCUUGCGGGAUACGGAGAUCAGCGAGGGUUUCAAUAUCUGGCUCUAUUCUUGGGCGCCACCGGAGUUGCUGAAGGAAAUCAGCAAGCAAGUAGAUACUUGGGUCUAGGACACCCACAUUCCUUGGAAGAACAAUCCGCUUGCAAAGAUGGAGGUGAAGGAGUGGUACGAAAAUUGGACCAGGCAGGUCAUCGAGGGGAGAGCCGUUGAUGCAGCCGCGGAGGAGGUUGUCGAUGAUGAUGAUGGAGAUGUCCCUUUGAUCCGUACGUGGCAAAAAAAUGAUGAGGAGGACGACUUCGUGGACGAGGAGGACGACAUCGCCCAACUUGGUUCGGUGCAGCGCACUUGGCAUGCAAACACGAAGCCAGGGAAGCACAGAGUGUGUGAGUUGCGCAGAAAUUCGGACCUCCAAGAGCCCGAACCUGCAUUCCUUUACACGCUAGAGGGUCGUGACCGUGCCAUGAAGGCACGACAAGCGGGUGAUUGGAUGCAGGGGAGGGAGGAGGAGGCGUGGCGUCGGCAACGAAAACGAAAGGUAGCAACACCCGAGAUCGAUGGAGCAGGGUCAAAGUGCAAGGGGAAGAGUAAGGAGGGAGAUAGUGAAGUCGUGCCGCAGAAGAGGAAGAGGAGGCAGCCUCCUCUUUCACCUGCAAAGAAGGUUGCAAAGGUUGCAGCCAAGGUUGCAAAGAAGGUCGCAGAAGAGGAAGAGGUUGUGGCCAAGGCUGCAAAAGCGGCCGAUGUUGCUGAGGCAGCAAAAGCUGCAGCAGUCAAGCCACCGAGGGCGAAGAGGAGGCGUGUGCCUCGAGUCAUGGAGGACGACGAUGAAAAUCCACAUGGCAACGCCACAGUGCAGUCUCCGGGAUCGACGCCGUCGCCGUCCGAGGGAAGCAACCAAUCAUCAUCAUCCACGUCGUCAUCUGAGGAGGAUCUUGAGGAGGAAAUGUCGCAGGAGGAGUCUGGCGGGGAGCAUGAGUCAGGGGAGGAGGCAGAGUAGCCCGCACAUUGCGUAGAUUCAGUUGACUAGGACAGCCAGAGUGGUUUUCGCAUUGUCGUGUGUCUUUCGAAGACCAAACUUUUCACAAUCUCAAGUGUCUCCUGUGUUCAACACAUUGUCUAAAUUCUGAUGAAGAUUUCUAAAAUUUUGAGUCUUACUCUUUUUUUAAGUUUUUCGGUUUGUGUGUUUUUUAGAAUUAAUUUCGCUAUUUUUGUUUCAUGUUGCAAAAUGUGUGUGUUGAAAGGACAUGAUGUUGUUUGCCGUAGUUUGAUUGUUGUCUCUUGUUUUUGCCUUUGGUGAUGACUGUGUGUCGUAAUGUUGGUCUUGCUAUUGCAUAAUUGCACACAUAACAUGACUAACAGGCUAUGUUACCAAUGGUCUGGAGAUCGGACGUCUCCCCGGACGUAGGGUACCCCCGUCGUCCGGAUUUCCGGACGAUGACUUUUUGGCACUUAAAAAAAAAAUAAAAAUAAAAAUAAAAUAAAAAGUUAUGACAGUG